AUCACAAACAUGGCGUCUGCUGGAAUGCUGAUAGACCGGGGGACGGUGUUUCUCCUCUGUAGAUAUCCGUUUAUUAAUGCUGUCACUUUGCUCAUGCUUCUGGGAGAGCGCGCAAAAAGGGAGAGCUAUCCUCCUGUAGAGCCAAGAUUAAUCUAUAUUCAUGUUGGCUUGUACGUUAUUUGUGGAUUCUUCAUGUCAUUGAGAUGGAAAAGAAAGGAAGCCACAGUGGUUUAUGCUGGCCAGCUGGCAUUCUUCGCCUACAAUAUGUACACUAACAGUAGCUUGAAAUACAAGGAAUGGAUGAGGGUAAGAAUGGCAACAAGACAUGUUGGAACAAUUGGAAUGUGUCUGCUGUUUGCUCACCUGAAUGACCCCAAGCGUCAGGGGUUCUUACGAAAAUUGGGCGAGGGUUUGGUGGGGAUCUACCUGUUCUGCUGUGCGUACCUUCUGAACAGCACGACUGAGGACAAGAAAGCAUUCCUGUGGCAUGUGCCAGGUGGGGACUGGAGUCGUUAUGCCAUCACCAUCAUGUACCUGACCAGUUCACUGUGCUUUAUGUCAGGCUAUUUUCUCAGAGACAUUGCCUUGUGUAUGGUGAUCACCACCGCCUUCAUGACCUCCUUUGUGGAAAGUGACAUUUCUUACUGGACAGUGCGUCUCCACAUGGACUACUGGAACCAAGUCAGACUUAUUGCUGAUAACAUCCUCAUUUUGACUGGUUUUAUUAUGAUCUUCAGGAAAUUUGGUAACAGAGUUAUGAAAUCAGAUUAAGUCUGUUUCCAUCAGGUGAAAAUAUCUUGUUAUCAUGGUGGAGGUAAUCUGCAUGGAAGGCACUGGGCUGAUGAGUUUUGUACACAAAUUUCCAACAUUAACCCUCUUAUGGCAGUAAUAUUCUUUGUCGCAUAAUUCUUGGCAUUUCUCAAUGAUUAUCAUUACAUCUAUGCAUCAAAUUUUUAAUGUUUUUUCUGUUCUCAUGUGGAUGUCAAAUAAAGCUUAUUUA